UGCAGACACCUGGGCAGGAGGAGGCCACCCAAAAUGGCCUCGGUCUUCCGCAGUGAGGAGAUGAGCCUGAUGCAGCUCUUCCUGCAGGUGGAGGCUGCUUACUGCUGCGUGGCUGAGCUUGGGGAGCUGGGUCUGGUCCAGUUCAGAGAUCUGAAUGCGAAUGUGAACAGCUUCCAGAGAAAGUUUGUGAAUGAAGUGAGAAGGUGCGAAUCCUUGGAGAGGAUCCUGCGUUUUCUGGAAAAUGAGAUGGAAGACAUUGUGGAGAUUGUCAAACCAGAAAAGUACCCAGAGACGCCCCUGCCUCGGGAAAUGAUUGAUAUGGAGACAGUGCUGGAGAAACUUGAGGCUGAGCUGCUGGAAGCUAACCAGAACCAGCAAACACUGAAGCAGAACUUCCUUGAGCUGAUGGAGCUCAAACAUCUGCUGAAGAAAACACAGGACUUCUUUGAGGCAGAAACCAAUCUGCCAGAUGAUUUCUUCAGCGAAGACACAUCUGGCCUGCUGGAGCUGAGAAGCACUCCUGCUGCAGCUGCCAAGCUGGGAUUCACAGCAGGGGUUAUAAAGAGGGAGAGGAUGAUACCCUUCGAGCGUUUGCUGUGGCGAGCCUGCAGGGGAAACAUCUAUUUGAGGUACACCGAAAUGGACGCUCCCCUGGAGGACCCCGUGACGAGAGAAGAGGUGAAAAAGAAUGUGUUCAUUAUCUUCUAUCAAGGAGAGCAGCUCAAACAAAAAAUCAAGAAGAUUUGUGACGGGUUUCGUGCCACAGUCUAUCCCUGUCCAGAGUCUGCCACCGAGCGCCGAGAAAUGCUUGAUGGAGUGAACACAAGGAUCGAGGAUCUGAACACAGUGAUAACCCAAACUGAGUCCCACCGCCAGCGACUGCUGCAUGAGGCAGCAGCCAACUUGUGGUCCUGGGGGAUCAAGGUGAAGAAAAUCAAGGCCAUCUACCACAUCCUGAAUUGCUGUAACAUCGAUGUCACCCAGCAGUGUGUCAUUGCAGAGAUCUGGUUCCCAGUGGCUGAUGCUGGCCGGAUAAAAAGAGCUCUCCAUCAGGGAAUGGAGCGAAGUGGCUCUACCAUCGCCCCUAUCCUCACCGCCGUACACACCAGGAUGGCACCACCCACCUUCAACAGGACCAACAAGUUCACAGCUGGAUUUCAGAACAUCGUGGAUGCAUAUGGUGUGGGCAACUACAGGGAGAUGAACCCAGCUCCUUACACCAUUAUUACCUUCCCCUUCCUGUUUGCGGUGAUGUUUGGGGAUUGUGGCCAUGGUGCUGUCAUGCUGGGCUUUGCACUCUGGAUGGUCAUUAAUGAGAAGAGCCUUCUGGCCCAGAAGAGCACUAAUGAAAUCUGGAACACCUUUUUCAGUGGGCGUUACCUGAUCCUGCUCAUGGGCAUAUUUUCCAUAUAUACUGGCUUCAUCUACAAUGACUGCUUCUCCAAAUCGUUCAACAUCUUUGGCUCGUCUUGGCAUAUCAUCCCCAUGUUUAAAAAUAAUACUUGGAAUAAGGAUGUGCUUCUGGACAACACAGUGCUGCAGCUGGAUCCGGCAGUCCCAGGGGUCUACUCUGGAAAUCCAUAUCCAUUUGGAAUAGAUCCGAUCUGGAAUGUUGCAUCAAACAAGCUGACUUUCCUGAACUCCUACAAAAUGAAGAUGUCGGUUGUGAUAGGGAUUGUGCACAUGAUUUUUGGGGUGAUACUCAGUCUCUUCAACCACAUCUACUUCAAGAAGUACAUAAACAUUAUCCUGCAGUUCAUUCCAGAGAUGAUCUUUAUUAUCUCUCUUUUUGGCUACCUCGUCUUCAUGAUUAUUUUCAAAUGGUGUCAUUUUGAUGUCCACUCAUCCCAGAGCGCACCAAGCAUUCUCAUCCACUUCAUCAAUAUGUUUCUGUUCAAUUACAGUGAUGCUUCAAACGCUCCAUUAUAUACGCACCAGAAAGAAGUGCAGAGCUUUUUGGUCAUAUUUGCCCUGAUUGCUAUUCCCUGGAUGCUUCUAAUUAAACCUUUCAUCCUCCGAGCCAACCAUCAGAAAGCGCAGCGCAUGAUUCGGUCUCAGGCCAACUCAGGAAACACUGGGGGUGAAAACGAGGUGGAUGCCCCAGAGACCAAUCACUCCAAGAAAGCUUCCCAGGGAGACCACAGUGGUGGCCAUGGAGGACAUGAGGAUGAUGAAGAAGAGUUCAAUUUUGGAGACACAUUUGUCCAUCAAGCUAUCCAUACCAUUGAAUACUGCCUGGGCUGCAUCUCCAACACAGCAUCCUACCUGCGGCUCUGGGCGCUGAGCCUAGCCCAUGCACAACUGUCAGAGGUUCUCUGGACCAUGGUGAUGCACAACGGGCUCAGCAACAGCAGCUGGACAGGCCUCAUAAGCGUCUUCAUCAUCUUUGCAGCAUUUGCAGUGCUGACAGUGGCCAUCCUGCUGGUCAUGGAGGGUUUGUCAGCCUUCCUGCAUGCCUUGCGCCUGCACUGGGUGGAGUUCCAGAACAAGUUCUACGUGGGAGCCGGAUACAAAUUCUCCCCGUUCUCCUUCAAGCACAUCAUAGAUGGCACCGUGGAAGAGUAAAGCCAGGGCAUUGCUGCUUCGCUUCUCAGACCAGGCUCUACUUUCCUGCAGUCAGUCACCCAUAGAGUGGGGCUUAAACGAUGAAACUGAAUGGGACAUGGCCUUUGAAAGAUCUGCUAUACAUGGAGAUGUUCUAACUGCAUUCCCAUACAGUGCUGUAUCAGCUGAGAGUGCUAACAGAUACUACAUUGUCUGGGCUGGCUGGACCUGGGCUGCAUGUCUCCACUAACAUCCUUACCAAGUACCUGGUCCUCAGCAUCCGAUCAGGUCAGCUGCCUGCUGCUUGGUUAAAUAGAAAGAGAUGCUCCUUCUGGAAUUAAAUUGGUUAUUAAUAAUCAACUUACAUGUGUUUUGCUCUAUUUACUGCCUUGUCUUUGUGGCUUAUUUCUUUCCAAGGAAAGAAUGUUUUGGCUGUUGUUUCAAGCUGUGGUUGAUUAUAUGACAAUGAUUAAGUCUCUUAUAAGAUUGCAGCCCUUCAUUGUGCACACAAUGCAGAACAGCUCAAAGAUGGAUCAUAUUGCAGGCUUGCAAUUUUCUACAUGCUUUACUACAACAACCCUCCUAUUAUCUGAUUUGCUUCAGGGCUUAACAGUACAGGAUUAUAGAUGUUUGCACACGUCAUCACUUAACAAAAGCAUUGGUUUUGGGCUGUGCAAACAAAAGAGUGCACCAAUUUCCACAUUGGCAGCCAAUUUAUUUCUCUCUAUGGAUUCGUUUCUUACUGGAGACUUAAGAUGACUCUCCCUGUGCUGUGUUUUUCAAGACGGGUUGUUAAAACAGACUAUGUAGAAAUGCUAAUUCCUAAUGAACAGAAAGAAGAGAGAAAUCAGAACAGUUGAGAUGAAUUCACAGUGUUGACAUACUCUGAUCUUUCCUAAAUAUGCAUGAAUUGCCAGUUUUUCAACUGAAAUAGUGUUAAUCAAGACAGGCUAUUUUUUCAACCAUGGAGGAUGCAAAAUCACAAUAUAGCACACUGACGGAUUUGGAGGUGAUGAUGCUUCCUUACGCAAGGUGUAACCAAGUGAGCCCUUUUCAAACCUUACAUUCUUGAUAUCCAGCUCCACCAAAGAAACACAUCUGUUGACUGUUCCCAGCAGGAUAUGCAGCAGAGUAGUGGCCAGGAGACUGCAGUGGUCAGCUUUGAGAUCCACCUUCCAGCUAUGGUCACCUUUCGUUAUUCACUCCAGCCUAAUUUGUUUAUUCCCACUCUGCAGAGGUUUGAGAGAAAAGCUGUCUCAAAGCAAGAAAGGCCGGUUUGAUGCAUUACCAAAUGCAGAGAAAACAAUUUGCUUUAUGAAACAGUGGGUGGAUUUUCUGCACAAACAUGUAUUUUAUCUUUAUUGCACCUUUCCACAUGAUUGCGGUGUAACUGAGGAGGUGAUUACCUGAAACAGAAUAUCUGUUCCUUUUAGAGCUUCUUGGUGUUUUGCUUUUUGUCCAAGGUUUACAUAUUAAGCAAGAAAAAUGAGUUGUCCUCUGAGUACUGCAGGUGAUAAGAUGGUUUGUUGUUUACUGUACUGAACAGUGAGUCUAACAUUUGGCUUAAUUCUGUAAUCUGCUCUCAUUCUGUGUAAAACUGGAUAAUACAGCAGAGCCUGUGGCUCACUUGUGCAGUUGCAGUACGGGGAUGGCAAUUCCAUACUCUCCAAGAGGACUGAGCCCACUUGCAAUCAGAUGAAAUAUUGCUGAGACGGGGUUGAGGAGAGCUCUGGCUUUCAUCUGGGUUG